UUUAUAAAAGGAGAACUGUGUGGAGAGAAGGACUACGCAGGUAAAAUGAAGCUAUUUUUGCUCUUGGGAUUGGUGGCUGUGGCUCUCUGUGAGCCAAUCACAUUUGUGGGAGAUAAGGUCCUCCAGCUGAAACCCAUAAAUGAUGACCAUGUGACCAUCAUCAGGGAACUGGGCGAGAAAAUCAAGCUGGAUUUCUGGAAGCCUCGCAGUGCUGAUCUCGUGACCAUCGACAUGACUGUUGAUAUCCACGUUCCUGCAGCUCAGCUCGCCAUGGUCUCCACCAUCCUACAGCAGAGCGACAUGGAAGUCAAGGUGAUGAUUGAUAAUGUUCAGGAGGCUGUGGAGGAUCAGAUGGACAACAAGAGUCCAACAAAGGGUCACGACUACACAAAGUACAACAGCUGGGCAACGAUCAAUGACUGGGCAAUCUCCAUCAGCUCUGCCAACCCUGACCUGAUCAGCAGGCAGUCGAUCGGCAAUACUUAUGAGGGAAGAACCAUGCACCUUCUGAAGAUUGGAAAGAAUACAGGGUCUAAUAAGCCAGCUGUCUUUAUGGACUGUGGUUUUCACGCCAGAGAAUGGAUCACCCAUGCUUUCUGCCAGUGGUUUGUUAAUGAGGCUGUGUCCACAUAUGGCAGUAAUCCUGACAUGACCAACCUUCUGGAUACAAUGGACUUCUUUGUUCUGCCUGUCUUCAACAUUGAUGGCUAUGAAUACACCUGGACCAGAGACAGAAUGUGGAGAAAGACUCGGUCCAAGAACAGUGGCAGCAGUUGUAUCGGUACUGACCCCAACAGAAACUUCAAUGCUGGAUGGUGCACCGUUGGAGCUUCCAGCAACCCUUGCAGUGACACCUACUGUGGAAGCAGUCCAGAGUCUGAGAUUGAGUCCAAGAAUUUGGCCAACUUCAUCCGCACCAACAAGUCCGUCAUCAAGGCCUACCUGACAGUCCACUCGUAUUCCCAGCUGCUCCUCUUCCCCUAUUCCUACAAAUAUGACCUGGCUGCACACCACUCUGAGCUGUUAAGUGUGUCUCAAGGAGCUAUUGCAGCUCUGCGCAGUCUGUAUGGAACCAAAUACACUAGCGGCCCUGGUGCUGUGACCAUCUACCCUGCUGCUGGUGGCUCUGAUGACUGGGCUUAUGAUCUGGGUGUGAAAUACUCCUACACCUUUGAGCUGCGUGAUGAAGGCCGUUACGGUUUCCUGCUGCCCGAGUCCCAGAUCAAGCCCACUUGCGAGGAGACCAUGCUGGCAGUCAAAUACAUCGCUAACCACGUCCUCAACAACCUGUACUGAGAGGGAACCAUCUGAUAGAAAGUUUAUGAAACAUGGCUGUGCGUUAUGUGAGAUACAUUUACUGCACAACUCAAAAUAAUCAUGAUCAGUAAAGUAAUAAAACACA